AUGCAGCUGGACCUUAGUCGGCGCACCUUAGAUACAUUCGAUGUUGGCGAGUAUCUGGUUGCGCACGCUGCCGCCAACCACUCCAAGGAUGCUCCGUACCCCCUGACAGUGAUGCAAAUCACGCAUCUUGACCUAUCCUUUAACAUGUUGCAUGUUGUCUCUGGUUUUGGUGAUCUGUCUCAUCUCAGAGUCCUGAAUUUAUCACACAACGUCUUGUCCUCGCUCGAAGGUGAGCUGCCACCGAGACUUUCGAAUUUGAACGUAUCGUACAAUAAAAUAUCGUGUCUGGAGCCCGGGGCCUUACAACCGUUACGGAAGCUACAGGUAUUCGAUAUCUCUUUUAAUUGUUUAACCAACCUCCGCGGCUUACCGACCACACCUGACACAUUACGAGUUUUGAAUGCCUGCGGUAACCAAUUAGAAACCCUCAGAGGCAUAGAGCGAUGUGUUGCCUUAGAAGAGCUAUAUGCUAAUAAAAAUGCUCUAAAGGAAGCAACUGAGCUAUCCACACUCGCAAGCCUUACGCAUUUGCGUGUUCUCACACUUUCAGAGAACCCGAUCAUGCUGUUUCCACCGCAAUUGCAAGCUAUUCACGCGUUUCUGCCACACGAUUUAGAGCAGACGGACAUUCCACACAUCAGUGUGGUGCAAAGUACCAAUGCCUCGCCUCGAUUAGCGACAACUACAGUAGCUGUUGUAAUGCGCCAAGGUGAUGAGGUAGUCAGAAACAAUGAACCCAGUGAGGACGCCGAGACGUUGGCAUCUAUACCCAGUUCAGGACAAGUGGUUCAGCCGCAAACUUCGUAUAACGCCCAACAACGCACCCAGCUCUAUUCGUCGCAGAAGACACUGCAGCGGCUGCACGAAGUCGAUGCUGAUGAGGUUCAUACAAAUAGUGCCUUCAGGACCUCGGUGGGCUUAGCCUCUCGGUCUUGUUCUCAAGAAGGUGUUAGUGAAACCCAACGUGGCUUUCAAAGCCCAAACACAACGCAGGAAAAGGUGGCCCGAGAAGCACAUCAGAACACGCGGGGGUCGCAGCCUGUGGGAGCAGCAUGGCAGUUGGUUUACAAACGGGUGAUGGCUGAGCGCGACGCUUCACGACAGCAGGUUGAAACUAUGCAAAAGGAGAUCCAUAAUCUCAAGCAGCUCCUCAACGAACAGCGCGAAGCCACAGAUACUGUACUAAGGAUUAACGAGCAGUUAAAGAAGCGUGUAUUGCAUACCCUGGCAAAGGGAGAGCGCCGUGAGGUGGCGACACAGUGUAACACCAUCCCCAAGGUUGGCUUGGACUCGAAUGCCGAGGGAACCGAUUAUGCAAAAAGGCUGGACGUGAAUCCCCAAAAGCGCAACCACGCCGCGUCGCCACGCCUCACGCCGCCACGCACCGCGACGACGGUGGCCACGAUGAGCCGCUCACCCCCGCGCAUUCCACCCCUUGCGCCCCGACUCCUCCCAGGGGUGUCGCCGCUAGGGGGAAAGUCGCCCGAAGGGGAUUCCACGAGCCGCUCGAUUCCCCGGCCUCACCCGGGCAGAUGUUCGCAGCAGCCACGUUCCCAGUCUGUUCCGGUGUCCUCCUUUAAAUCACCCUCCUUGAGGUCACCCUUGAGGCACAAGGAAACGGCAGGGAUGAUACGAGAACAUUGCGAACCCCAGGAGGCCCUGGGCCAACACGGGAAGCCGGAUGACGUGGAAGUGACCCGUGAAGGAUCGAGCGGGGAGCCCCCACGGGACACACGGAAGGUGGCCACCGUACUCAUGUCCCUGCUGCGUCAGCCAGGUCCCCGUUCGGCGGAAUUUCUUUUGUGA